CAGAAAUAUCAGCUACUAUUUGGUAACACUUCCGCUUCACCAGCUUUCAGACGCUUUUCAUAAACUUUGGUGCUGUUGAGAUUAUUUUCUGGUAAAAGAUUUGUUUUCAGUGUUUUGAGCAGUCUCGACUGCUGUAGUGAAGUGAGAUGCAGACUAUAAGAAAUUUGUUCCGGACUCCUUGGUCCUCUGUCGAAAGGCUGGAUGACAAAACUGUGGUCAUUACUGGGGCCAACACUGGCAUUGGCAAAGAGACAGCCAUUGACCUGGCAAAGAGAGGAGCAAAGGUCAUCAUGGCGUGCCGAGACAUGGAAAGAGGACAGGCCGCUGUGAAAGAAGUCAUCGAAAGCUCAGGCAAUGAAAAUGUUGUUUACAUGAAACUUGACUUGGCAGAUAGCAAGUCAAUAAGGGAAUUCGCUGAAGCCAUCAACAAAGGCGAGCCGAAACUCAACAUCCUCAUCAACAAUGCUGGUGUAAUGGUUUGUCCUUAUGGGAAAACAGCAGAUGGCUUCGAGAUGCAGAUCGGUGUCAAUCACUUGGGUCACUUCCUGUUGACACAUUUGUUGAUUGACCUGAUUAAGAGAUCGGCACCAGCCAGGAUUAUCACGGUGUCUUCCAUGGCUCAUUCCUGGGGCUCCAUCAAUCUGGAGGACCUCAACAGCGAGAAGAGUUACAACAAGAACGGAGCCUACUCUCAGAGCAAGCUAGCCAAUAUCCUCUUCACCCAUUCAUUGGCUAAGAGACUGGAAGGCACGGGUGUGACAACAUAUUCCCUCCACCCUGGAGUCGUCCAGACAGAUUUGUGGCGUCAUCUGAGUGGCCCUCAACAGGUUCUCAUGAAGAUCGCCAGUCCAUUCACCAAAAACUCUGUCCAGGGAGCUCAGACGACCAUUUACUGCGCUGUGGAACCGUCACUGGAGAAAGAGAGCGGCGGAUACUACAGCGAUUGUGCUCCUGCCAACUGCUCAGCAGCCGGUAAAGAUGAUGAUGUGGCGCAGAAGCUGUGGGAGUUGAGCUGUCAGCUGCUGUCGAUAACGUGGGAAUGAGGCAACCUGGAUUUAAAAUAAAGUCUGUUGUGUUUUUCUACUAACUGAUUUUCUACUAAUUGAUGCACUAUGUCUUGUUUCACUAAUACCAAUGCCAAAAAAAUUAUAUUCUUAUCCUAAAAUGAUAUUGUGUGGAUUUGCUUUACAUACUAACAUGCAGUAUCUGCACAACAUGGCAUUAUUUCUUACCUAGACUUUUUCUUACUUCAAUCCAUUUUUUAUAACUUUGUAGUGGUCAGACUACAGGGUUGUCAACAUCUCUCAAUGCCUUUUCUAUACAUGUAUAUUCUGACAUUAAACACAAUGUUACGUC